AUGAAUAUAAGAACUGAUGAUUGGGAUCCACUUAUCAACUAUCUGGUGGUGCAAAAAUUAGACACAGACACACACAAGGAAUGGGAAGAACAUGUUAGCAACCAAGGAAGUGAAGAAUUACCUACAUUUGAGUCAUUAAAGAUGUUUUUAGAGUCUAAAUUUAGAACGCUCGAGCUUGUGCAACAACCAACUUCGUCCAAAGAAAGAAUAGUGAGAUCUUACCACACAUCUGGCUCUGCUACCGAGAAGACAUGUCCUUUAUGCGAAGAAACUCACACACUCAGUCAUUGUAAAGACUUUGGAAAGAUGGAACCGGAACAACGAAGCGAGUUUGUGAAGUCAAAGUACAUUUGUUACAACUGUUUGGUUCCUGGACACAGAGUUAUAGCAUGUCGACUACUCACCAAGUGCAGAUUAUGUCAGCGACGUCACCAUACCCUUCUACAUUCGAAAAGGUCAAACGAUGCCUCUGGCCCCACUGAAAGGAAUGAUAUGAAACAGCCAAAGGUUUUACACGCAAAUGUAGAUGAAGAGUCAGAAUCAGGAGAAGAAAUAAACUUAACAGUGAUGACGUCACAAACAAACACAACUCACAGUACAGCUGUUGCGUUGCUAGCGACAGCCCUGGUGGAAUGCAAGAGUGAAGAUGGCCACACCACAGUUCUGCGAGCUUUAAUUGAUCCUGGAUCACAAGGAUGUUUUAUAAGUGAACGAGCAGCACAAACAAUUAGAGCGAGACGGUAUCCAGUGAAGGGAAGCAUUGUCGGAGUAGGUGAAGUAAAAUCAAGAUUAAAACAAGUAGUUCAGAUAGAGGUCUCAUCGAGAAAUGAAGAAUUCAGCCUCAGAGUGAAAGCAUAUGUAAUUGCAAAGCAACUGACUACUCAGAUACCGACUCAAAAAAUACCAACAAACAACUGGAAUCAUUUAGAUGGGUUAACACUGGCUGACCCUAAGUUUAGUCAACCAGCCAACAUCGACUUACUUCUUGGUGUAAAUGAAUACGCACAAAUCAUACAAAGUGAAGUUAUAAAAGGUCCACCUGGGUCUCCUAUUGCACAAAGAACAACUUUGGGCUGGAUCUUAUUUGGAAAAGUAAACGAUUGUGAAGAUGUAAGGGAAGAAUCGAUAAUAGUCAUGCAUCAGCAAAUAGAAGUGGAAGAUAUGUUGAAAACACUGUGGGAAGUUGAUACAGACAUGAAUCGAAAACUAACAAAAGAAGAAGAAAAUUGUGAGAGAAUCUACAAGGAAAAUUACACUAGAACAGAAGAAGGAAGAUACAUAGUCAAACUACCUUUUAAAACAGAAACACCACAAUCAGUAGAAGGAAAUACAUACAAUAUUGCAAUGAAAAGCUUACAAAUGCUUGAAAGAAGAUUUGAUAGACAGCCAGAUUUAGAGAAAAAUUAUAAAGAAGUCAUGGAAGAAUACAUUAGAUUAAAUCACAUGCAGGAAGUACCACAAAACGAACUAAAUAAUAAAUCUGUUUACUUACCACACCAUGCAGUCGUGCGAACUGAAAAGGAAACGACAAAAACCCGCGUUGUUUUUGAUGCAUCGUGCAAGGGCUCUAACAAUAUAUCGCUCAAUGAUGAACUGAUGAAUGGACCUGUCCUGCAAGAAGAUCUUAGAAGUAUCAUCAUGAGGUGGAGAAUGCACAAGGUCUGUUUUGUGAGCGAUAUAGAGAAGAUGUACAGAAUGAUUCUCAUUCAAAAAGAAGACGCCGACUUCCAGAGAGUAUUGUGGAGACAGAAUACUUCAAUAUCUGACGAGGUCAAACACUACCGGCUACUUACAGUCACAUUUGGGACAGCAUCAGCGCCCUAUCUCGCUAUAAAAACACUAAUGCAGCUGUCAGAAGACGAGGGUGAAGACCAUCCUAUUGCCAAGAGGAUUAUACGCGAAGACUUCUACGUUGAUGAUGUGAUGUCCGGGUGUGAUACUGUCAAAGAAGCCAUAGAGGCAAGCAAGCAAUUGAAGACUGUACUAAGCAAGGGAAAAUUCAGAUUACAAAAAUGGUGUUCAAACAGUCCUGAAUUUCUAAAAUCUUUUGAUGAAGGAGAAAAGUCAGCCAAGGCACACAUAGAUAUGAAAUUAGAUGGAAUCGUAAAGGCACUUGGCGUAUCAUGGGAUUUGGGAAAUGAUGAAUUUAAAUACAAUCUUAACUUACCUGCACAAGCUAUUGACAUAACAAAGAGAGACGUACUAUCAGAUUUACAAAAACUAUUCGACCCACUGGGCUGGAUUGCCCCAGCGAUUAUUUCAGCAAAGAUAUUUGUACAGAAAUUAUGGUUACAAGGAGUAGGAUGGGAUGAUGUUAUUGAUGAUGCCUUACAAGCUGAGUGGAAGUCUAUUCGAGAUGAUCUGAGAAAUGUGAAUGAAAUAACUAUUCCACGAUGGCUGAACACCCUAAAUGCUUCAAAAGAUAACAUAUCUCUACAUGGUUUCAGUGAUGCAUCGAUGCACGCCAUUGCUGCUGUUGUAUACUGUAGAGUAAUUCAAACCGAUGGAACCAUAGAUGUCAGUAUUGUCGCUGCCCGAACGAUGGUAGCCCCUAUAAAGACGAUUUCAAUGCCGCGUCUAGAACUAUGCGCUGCUGUGCUCUUGUCCAAACUCUUGUAUCACACAGCCCAAGCGAUGAGAAUUCCAACUAAUAAGGUAUUUGCUUAUACAGACUCGUCAGUAGUACUAUCAUGGCUGUUCGGCGAGCCCAACCGCUGGAAGCAAUUCGUCGCUAAUCGCGUGGUUGAGAUUGCAAACAACAUUCCUAACAGUCAGUGGCAUCAUGUUCAGACUGAUAAAAAUCCAGCCGAUGUCGCGUCACGAGGUGCUAAAUUGACUGAGCUGAAGCAGAAUAAACAAUGGUGGCACGGACCCAGCUGGCUGUUAGAAGAGCAGAUUACAUUUUCUAGACUAAACAUACUACCAACGGAUAUUGAGAGAAGAAAAACUAAAUUGAUAAAUAUGAACAUAAUAGAAGACAAAAUGAACAACAACACAAUCCUAAAUUUUGAAAACUAUAGCAAUUUGGAAGAACUUCAAAAAAUUAUAAUUUACAUGAAAAGAUUUCUAAACUACAAAAGAUUAAAAAUAAAUGAAGAAAUGAGAGCAAUAAGUACAAAAGAAUUAGAUGAAGCUUUGAAAAUAUGCAUUAAAAAGGCACAGAUUGUAGAUUUUGAAGAAGAGAUAGAAGACAUAAAGAAACACAAAAGAGUUAAGAGAACUAGCACACUAAAAUCAUUAAAUCCGUACCUAGAUGAAGAACAGAUUCUCAGGGUGGGCGGUAGACUGCGACACGCGAAUCUGGAAAGAGAUACAAAACAUCCAAUGAUAUUAAGUAAUAAAAAUGCACUUACCUUGUUAAUAGUUGCAGACGCACACCAGAAGACUCUGCACGGCGGGCUUCAGCUGAUGUUGUGUCAUCUCCGGUCACGAUUCUGGAUCAUAAAGGCUAAAAAUGUAAUAAAAAGACAUGUACACAGAUGCAUAAUAUGUGCCAAAGCAAAUGCCAAGGCAAGAAGCCAAGUUAUGGGUGACUUACCUGACAUGAGAGUCAAUAUUUCACGUCCAUUUGAAUACACUGGCGUCGACUUUGCAGGACCAUUCAACGUGCUCAUGUCCAAGGGCCGUGGAGGGAAGACACGAAAGGCUUAUAUCUCUGUAUUUAUAUGUAUGUGCACUAAAGCCAUACAUUUGGAAUUGGUGGGAGAUCUUACGUCUGAAGCUUUCAUCGCAGCAUUUCGACGGUUUGUCGCACGAAGAGGACGAUGCGCGCACAUGUAUAGUGACCAAGGUCGCAACUUCGUAGGUGCGAAUAAAGAAUUAAUAGAAGCUUGGAAGGCUGCACAGCUUGAAUUCAAAGACGAAGUGGCUCAAACAUUGGCACUAGAUGGUACGCAGUGGCACUUUAUACCACCCUACAGCCCAAACUUCGGCGGGCUUUGGGAAGCCGGCGUGAAGUCCGUGAAGUCCCACCUGAAAAAGGUUCUCACUACCAACUUGACCUUCGAGGAAAUGACCACAUUGCUAUGUCAAAUUGAAUCUCUUCUUAACUCAAGGCCAUUGACACCAAUUGAUGACACAGAUCGGAGCGUCGCUUCCCUCACGAGGUCCCGGACCAGCAGGUCGCCGGCGCCACAGGGCACCAGCACUCGCACAGAACCAAAGCACACCGUCACCUUCAUGUCAGCACAACACUAUGAAUCACCACACCACGCCUCGGCUCAACAAGCGCCACAGUAUCCACUAGCUUGCAUAUUAGUUUGUCGACAAACUAAUACGAGCACAACACUAUCUGAUGCACAUGGCAAAGGCACAAAGCGCGCGCUGUCAGCGGCAGCAACGGUCGUGGCAAGGAACAUGAAUAAGAAUUUGAAGUUGUUUGUAGCGGCGGGGCGAGGGCGCGGGGAGCGCGACCGGUUCCCGCCGGCGGCCAAUCGGCUGCGGCGUCGCAGCGGGCAGCUGUGCGGCCUGCGGAGCCCGCGCGCGCCGCGUCAUACCUGCCUUCGGUUCGGUUUGUACUUCGCUCGCAUACCAACCACUCCACUCCACGAUAUUUUGAAUAAAACUGCCCCUGAUUACGGCUCAACUGACUCAUGA